AUGUCUCCCACGAGCUUCCUCCCCUACUCCGACCCCAAGACACUCGGGUUCCUCGACCUGCCCCUCGAGAUCCGCAUCUUCAUCUAUCGCGAUGUCGUCCUCCAGCCCGACACCAUCGAGCUAAGCCGCAGACGACCCGUGUUCGAGUGUCUCCAAGAAGCCGACACCACCGCCAUUCUCUCUCUGAACCAGCAGACCCGCGCCGAAGCGCUCGACGUCUUUUACUCUGAAAACACAUUCCGCAUCGUCGUCGCAGACGAAGAGAACGAGGAUCUCCUGAGCAUGCUUCCCCAAGCCGUGGAUCGCCUACCGAUCCGACGCUUGGAGUUGACGCAUCCUGUUAUUGCUUCUUCGCUGUCGAAUACCAUGCUAUACAGGCCGGAUGUGGACAAUAAGACAUGGAUGUCUGUUCUAUCGAAUCUUAGAAGUUUGUGUAUUAUUGUUGUGGAGCCUGAGACACUCCCGGUACAUGAAGAGGUUGUAAUAAGGGAGGAAGGGGAAGGGCGCAACUCGAUGAUUUCGUUGAGGGAUGUUAAGAGCUUUUAUUCGCAGCUUGUGGCGCAGUCGUUGGAGAGUUCGAGAUCUACGCUCGUUUCACUGUUGACGCUGAGGAUUUGA